UUCUAGUGCUUGCUAAAUAUUUGAAAAUCCAGUCACUUGUAGGCUUACAUGCCUAACAUAAUUAUCAUUUCGUUAUGACGUCUACAAGUAGUGAUAUUGUUCCAGUUGGCACAAUAAUCAAAGAAAGAUGGAGAGUUUACACUAAAAUUGGUGGCGGUGGUUUUGGUGAAAUCUAUGAAGCUGUUGAUAUGAUCAAUCAACAAAAAGUUGCUGUGAAAGUUGAAUCGGCACAACAACCGAAACAAGUAUUAAAAAUGGAAGUUGCUGUACUUAAACGAUUACAAGGACGUGCGCACACGUGUCGUUUUAUCGGUUGUGGUAGAAAUGAACAGUUUAAUUAUAUAGUAAUGAGUCUUCAAGGUAAAAAUCUAGCAGAUUUAAGACGAUCAACUCGUCGUGGAUGUUUCACUAUAAGUACAACUGUACGACUAGCUCGUCAAAUGCUUGUUGCUAUUGAAAAUGUCCAUAAUGUUGGAUUUCUUCAUAGAGAUAUAAAACCAUCAAAUUUUGCAUUAGGAACUGGGAUCGGACCUGGCGCUGUAAAUCCUAGACAAAUUGUGCUCCUUGACUUUGGGUUGGCUCGUCAGUAUACAACUGCAAACGGAGACAUUCGAGCUCCUAGACAGGUAGCUGGUUUUCGGGGUACUGUCAGGUACGCUUCUGUUAAUGCUCAUUCAAAUAAGGAACUUGGACGUCAUGAUGAUCUCUGGUCGUUAUAUUAUAUGCUUGGUGAAUUCAUAGUCGGUGAAUUACCUUGGCGGAAAAUCAAAGAUAAGGAGCAGGUUGGCUUGAUGAAACAAACGUUUGAUCAUAAUCAGUUAUUAAAGUUUAUGCCACGUGAAUUUAGACCAUUUCUUGAACAUAUUCAAAAUUUGACCUAUUUUGAUCGUCCAGACUACAUAUAUUUGCAUUCUUUGCUUAACGCUUAUAUGGAACGUCGUAGGAUAAAUGAAUCUGAUCCAUUUGAUUGGGAGAUAACAACUGAGCCUACGCCUGUUACUGGUGCUAAUGAGACUAAUCAGCACCAUACAACACAAACACCUAUAGCAACUCAACAAGCUGCUCAGGUCACUGUAGCUGGAGCACAGGGAACACUAGAUGUCUCCAAGCUCCGAAAGGGUAUUCCUUCUGGAGUGGAUCAAAAUCGGCUAAAUGUUGGUGCAGGCUCAAGUGGAUAUAUAAGUGGAACUAGAUUGGCCGGAAGUAGUUCAAACUUAGCUCUUGUAAGUCCAGUUGUAACCACUUCAGUGGCCAAUGUAGGGAAAUCUUUUGAUGCUAUCCCAUGUCAUGGUGGACCAAAUGGUAGUGCCUUAAAUUCAAGAUCAGUUGUAGUUUCACAUCAUCGUAAUAAUGUCGACGAAAUUUUGAGCAAUCACAAUUCUCAGCAGCAACAAGGUAACAAUACGCCGCGUAAAUCAUUUUCAAAUGCAUGUGCACGGUCGCAUCGACCUGCCACUACUCCACGUCUUGUUAAAGAAGCUGGAGCGGCGAGAGCUCGUGAAGCUGCUUCUAAAGAUGUUACCAAAGUAGAUCAUUUUUACUCUCCACAUUCUCAAGCUAAUCGUGUUUCUCCUUCAGCUAAAGUUGGUAAUACCGACUCAGUUUGUCAACCAACGGAUAGUUCUAUACCGAUUAGUUGUGGACAUCGUAAUAAUGAUCCAAACAGACUUCAACCUGGUAUAGGAACAACGAACAGCAAUUCAUCAAAUCGUCGACCUAUAAGUGCAGGUGCAGCUCAUCUUAGAAGUAGUGGAGGCACUAUAGGAAGUACAGCAAGUGUUGUUGGAGCUGGUUCAGGGACGCGAUGCGACACAAGUUGCACACAUGCUGUCAUUGUAAUGGUCGAUCAAGGAGAAAAUAGUAAUUAUCAUGAUAUGACAAAAGCUGUUCCCCUUACACUCGCUAGUCAUUGGAUUGCUGGUGGAGAAGAUGAAGAAGGUUCGGGCCUCUCUGAAAAUGAAGAUGCUGUCGUAAAAGUUAGAGGUCCAGCUUCUUCUGUUGCUAGUGCUUCUGGUGGGGUUGGAGACGAAUACGAUGCAUCGAAUCAUUUGAACAAAUUUAAUGGAACAAAUAAUCAAUUACCUGAAUGUAGGAGCGGAGAAGACAAUGAAGUAUUUCCCAGAAUGCAGUCAGAAAAUGGCAAUAAUGAUAAUAAUUACUUUUGUAAUUGUGACCCUAGUAUGUUAAAUUCUCAGCGAGUCUUUCAACCUUCUGGAGAUGUUAAUAAGGAUGUUGGAUCUGGUUCUUAUCAAGAGCCAGGAUCAGAUGAAAAUAGUGGAGAGAGAUCUUCAGUGAAUGUACCUUAUAUUACACCUGGCAGACAAGUAUCUAUUUCUUCUCAACACACAUAUGGAGAGGUUGAAAGUGGUUCCUACCGACAUAAUAUCAAUUCUUUUGGAAAUCGAGGUGUUGCACGUAAGCUAUCCCAAGGAUUUCGUCGACAAAGAGCACUGCCUCAAUAUCUUACUUCAGAAUCAAAAUUACUUCCAAGUUAUGGUAUGCCUACAGCCAAAGAAAGUUGUUUAGUCAAUUCACCAACUCGUUUGAAAUCUUUUAAAAGUGAUAAUGAUAAUAAUUGGAUCACUCGAAGUGGUGGUGAUUUAACUCCUCAGUUUCCAAUUCCAUUCUCACGUUCCACAAGUCCAUACCAUCCUCAUGGCUUAGAAAUUGUUGAUGAAAAUGCUAGUAUACCAGUUUCUAAGCAUUCACCAUAUAUUACACAAGAGAUGGUUGAUCGCAGAGGUCGAAUCCAGUAUAAAGAUUUACAUGAUCAUGAUUAUCGUGAAUCAGGAAAUCUAAUUAAUGAGUUUCAUUUUGAUCCAAUUGUUAAUUUAAAUAAUAAUCAUAAUGAUAAUAACAAUGAUAACGCUAAUAAUAAUCACAAUUAUUCAAAUACAUGGAAGUUUAAUCAAAACAGUAAUUGUUUUCCUAAUCCACCACAUUUAAAUUCUUCUAAUUCCAUGUAUCAUCAUUUACAACCUGUCGAGAAUCAAUCAAAUCAUAUGAGUCGUUCAAUGAUAUUAUCACAAACAAGCAGCGCUGAGCCAUCAUCCACAUAUAAUCUCCUCAUGCAUCCAUUACGAAUAAAUAAUGAAAAUAAUGAGAUUAAUUUGAAACCACCAAAUUCAUCAUAUUUAACUGAUGGUCCUAUCUUUUAUAAAUCACCAUUUCAAUAUUCUUCAGCAUCGCCAUCUGUCACAAAACCAUUAACUACUACUAUAAUAUCACGUGAUUAUUUUCGCUCUCGUCCUGAUAUCUCUUCAGCAUCACGUCAAUAUUAUGUUUCACAACCAAAUAAUCAUUUCAAUACAACUACACGACGUCCGACAUUAUCGGUCGCACAAAAUAAUUCAUACUUAAAAGCACCAUUUUCUAAAUCUGAACAUAAUCUUUUACAUGCUGUGGAUAGCUUACCGGAAUUGGAAAAUAGACGAUUUCAGCCUACAGUUGAAGAUGAUAGUUACUUGUUGGUAUAACAAAAUGUUGGUUCUAAAAAUGAAGGUCAUUCCAUCUUUUACAAUACAAAGGUAGCUGUAUAUUAUUGUUGUUGUCAUGUGAUUGAAUAUUGUACUAAUCCGAUUGUAUCUAAAUCUUUAGCUGAUACUAAUCCAUCUAUUGAAAUAAUAAAUAGAUUUUCAUAUCAAUCAAAUAUAUCAAAAUCAUCAAUUGACCAUGUAUUUGAACGUUCAUCUAAACCGAAUUCAUUAUAUUUUAUUCGACCAACACAACAUGCAAUCGAUAUGUAAUGUAGUUAUGAUGGAAAAGAAAAGAAAUAAACAAACAAACCAUCAAUUAUUUCUAUGAUUAUGAUUAACUUUGUGGUGUAUUAUAUAUAUGUGUACACUUAUUUCUUUUUUAUGAUUAUUAUUUUGAUUUGAAAAGUUCUUUUUGAAAAAAAAGAAACAUAAACGAAAGAAAAAAGCAAACUGUUUAUAUCACUGAUUAAUUCAUUAUUGAAAUAAUCAUAUCAUUCUUCGUAUAUAGUGAAUGAUGAUAUUGAACAUUGAAGAAUCUUCCGUUUUGUUCGCUAUACUGUGAUUACCACCAGUACUACUACUACUACUACUACUAUGUAUAUUACAGUACUAUUUACACUUUUCACAAGGAUUAUAUAGCACUGUGUUCAACUUUCUUGUUUCUGUCUUUAUAUUCAUUUAUUUCUUUUAUGUAUUUAUGUGCAUAUUUUACUACUUACUCUGUGCUAAUCAUCAUCAUCACCAUCUUCGCUGUAUUAUGUAUAUGUGUGUGGGUGUGUGUGUGUGUGUGACUAGCCCAUUGUAUACAAUGUACAAUUAGAAAAUUCUGAUGUUAUCUUUUACCCAUUUACGGUUGCUUACUGUUUUUUUCAAACCCUUGUUUAUAUAUUUUUCUAGGCAAAUAAAACUACUCAUAUAUGUUUGUUUUUUGUUUCUUUCUUUCUGUAGAAACGUUUAUUCUAUACAAUUUAGGCUGUGCACUACUUGCUGUACAUGUACAUCAAAAACAAACAAACAAACAAAAUGUUUACAUAUAUAUAUAUAUAUACUACUUAUUUAGUCUUCUAUCUCUGUUCAUAAAAUAUCCUUUACAAUAUAUCUUUUCAUUAAUAUUUCUAUAUUCUGUUCAAUAUCUUUCUUUUCUGUCUCUUCUUUUAAAAACGAGAACUAGCACUAUACUACUACUAUUACUACUUAAAUCAAAUUUCACACAUUUAUUUCUCUGUUCAUUUGAUUUAAAUUUCUUGACCAUUUGUAUAAUAUUUAAGAAAAGAAGAAAAAAAAAUGAGAACUCAGUAACUAAUAUCAUUUUUUUACCAUGUGCAUAUCAUAUUGUUUCGUUUCAUUUCUCUUUCUUUUUUUUUUAAUUUUUUUUUAAUUUUAUUUAAUUAAAAUGUAACCCUAAUUAUCAUUUAACUUUGUCUAUAAAACCAUGUUAUUAUUGUUAAUGUGAAUAAUACUAUUUAUUUAUCUACUUAUAUAAUGUGUAUAUUUGUGCAAUAUACACUGUACUGAAUAUGUGCUUAUAAAUUAUUAUAUGUAAUUGUAUAUAUUUGUAUGUGUGUAUUUGUGUAUGAAAGGAAUUCUACCUCUUGAUGAGUUGAUAUGAUAAGAGUACAAUAAAUAUACAAUAGUACAGUUAAUAAUAUUAAUCUAAAUAUACAUAAUAUUGAAUGUCGCUUAAAUUGUCUUUCUUCUAGAGUAAUUACAUAAAAUGUGUAUUUAUUAUUGUUCCAUUUGUUUCCUUCGUUUUUUUUCGAAUUCUUUGAUUCAUAGAAAAUGUUCUCUUUGUUUAUAUUUUCUUUAAAACUUUUUUCCCCUCUUUUUUAUUGUAUUAACCAUUGUUCUCUUUUCAUUCUUUUAAUUAUUCUUCUCUGGAUUGUUUGUUGUUUGUUUUUUAUCGUGAAAUAAAAGAGAUUGUUCUCUGAAUGUCCUUAUUUCUCUCUUGUUCUACACAAAAAUGCAAAUCAAUGAACCAAUGUCUUUCAUUAGAUAAAAAGCUACAUCUUCAUUUUUUGUUUUGUUUCUCAUAACUGAUGUGAUAAAUAUCACUCAUUCUCUCUUUCUCCUUUUUUAGAACUGAUUCAUUAAGAUCCUUUUUUUUCUCUACCGAUAUUUACAAUAAUUAUUCAUGGUAUACAUACGUGGAAAAUGGAUUUGGUUUAUUCGUUUUGAACCAUUGUUUCAAUGUCACAAACUGAUAACAACAUAAAGAUAGAUAUACUGUUUAUAUGUAUGCGUGUAUCUGUUUGUGUUGUUGUUGUUUUUAUUUGUGGCAGUGUAAUUACACCUGACAUUCCAGCAUUUAGUAAUUUUAUUCUGGAGUUUUAUCUACUAAUUCUCUCGUUCUUUUUUUGAUUCGCAAGACAAUUAUUUGCACAGUUUACACAGUUUUUCAUGGUUAUUCAUUUCUCAUGUCUGUUCGUGUGUGUUUUGUUUAUGCUUCUUUAAUGAAGCUACUUGAUUUUCCCAAUUGUAAACCGCAUUUUCUUCGUUUGUUUAUGUUGAUUCUACUGUCGGUGGCGCUACUUUCCUUGUUAUGUCUCGAUUAUGAUCGUUUUUGUUUUCUCAUCUUAUCUUUCUGUCCAAUUUGUUCAAAGUGUAAUAUCUCUCAGGUGUAAAAGACAAAUAACUUGUCAAUAUUUUAUGUGAUAUUGUGUUAUUUAUAACCCGGUAGUGAAUUAAUUUGUCUAAUAUGCCUAUCACUUAUAUUUCUAUGCAUACUGUUAUGUAAGUUAUUUCCAUUGGCUCUGAUAAUUUCGUCAGAGCUGCUUUCCUUUGUGAUCCCGCAUAUAUAUAUAUAUAUAUAUAUAUAUAUAUAUAUUGAUAUAACAUUCCAACAUGCCCAAAUGCAACAUAGUUAUACAUCUGACUACACAAACAAAUGUAUAUGUUCAUUUAUAACACUAAUAUAUCACUGUUAUACUCCAUAUGGACGGAUAUAUAUAUUUAUAGAUACAUAUAUACGCUGACUUCUGCUUCUGUCUACAUGUAAAGUAACUGUUAAAAGUUGUCGGGUUAUAAAUAAAAAGUGUGAACAGGCAUAUUGUUGACUUUCUUAUCAAUAAAUUAUCUAGAAAACAAAACAUGAAAGUAAGUGGACGGAACAACAGACAGUUGAGUCUUUUCGUAUGUAUAUAUAUGCGAUAAAAGUAAAGCCACGUAUAUUAUCAUUAUAUUAGAUGAGAAGUUAGUUAUCUCAUAUCAUUCCCUUCAAUCUUUCUGUCUCUUUUCUAUUGUCAUAAUUAUUAUCAUUAUCUAUGUGCUGGGUUUUUUUUCAACUUUGUUCAUUUCUCGUUUAAGACAUUAUAAUUGAAUUCACGAGUCGAUCUAAACUAGAAUACCACUAAAAAACUGGAAACAUUGAGUGGCCGAUCCAUAUCGGGUGUGAGACAGUUAUCCAUGGAUCGACUGAAGUCAAACACUCACACCGUUUGAUGCCAGUCCAGUGGUUUAGAGGUUAAACGUUAGCGCGUUAGACCAAAAGUGAUGAUUUCGAGUCUCACAUGCGAGAUGGUGGAUGUGCAUUUCUCAACAGUCUCAUAUUAGAAUAAAACGGCUGUCUAGUGCUUCCAGAUUUUCAAUGGUUGUCUAACUUAGAUUGGCUCGUGAUUUCAACUGCGAAAAUACUACAAUCUCCACAAAUCCCUAUACUGACCCUGUAAUUGCUUCAUUUUAUCAUAUACUUUACUUUUCUCUUGUAAAACUAAAUUCAUGUAAGUGGGAUGAAACUAUAAUGAAUGUGACUUUAAUACUCAUCAAUCAAUUCCAUUCAGCCUAACCACAGAAUUUAUCACUAAAAAAUAUGGUAAACUUCUUUAGUUCUAUAUAGUUUAUCAGAAUAAUGCUUGUGAGCAUUAUUGUUUUCUUUACAAAGUUAAUUAUAAAUAAAAUGGUUCUUUGGAUUCAUUAACCACUCAAGGUGGGUUGUUUUUCCAAUCAUUUUUUUAUAAAUGUUCAAGAGUUUAAAAGAAAUUAGUUUAAAUAUGGAUUUUAAAGUACUACAUUGUGUAAACACUUGAUGACCAUCUCAUAAUAACCAAUCUUUUGUUGUAUGAUCUUUGGUAUUGAUUGAAUUCUAUUAAACGAUCUGUAAUACAGUUACAAGUCUACGCUUCCAAAUUCCCUGGUAUGGCUAAGAGUGGGUAGAGUCAUCUCUCCCUCUUCAAUGGCUCUCAUAUAGCCACGCGUAUACAGCCACUGUCAGGGAAGUUCUACUCACUGCCUUCUCGCGGUAUUACUGUUGUUUACGAAAUUUAGAGGACGAAAACCGAAUGUUCGGCACUUUAGCAGGGUUGGUGGAUAUGGACAGUCCACCUAGGGGAGUUGGAAAACC